AUGAGCACCUCAAUCCCCACAACGCAGACGGCCGGCUGGAUCCAAGACCCGGGCCCAGACUGCGUUCUUCAGAUCCGGAACGAUGUCCCUGUACAGACUCCCGCUGCAGGCGAAGUCCUCGUCAAGAUGGAAUACAGCGGCAUCUGCCACUCCGACUGCCACAAUCUUGCAUGGCCAGGCAAAUACACCGAAGUUCCUGGUCACGAGGGCGUCGGCACUGUAGUAUCGCUGGGGCCGAAUGUCUCGUCUGACCUGCUGGGCAAAAGAGUAGGCAUCAAGUGGUUGUGGAAUGCGUGCAAGCAGUGCAGUAGCUGCAAAAAGGGCAAGGAGAACCAUUGCGGCAAGCAGAAAAACACGGGCAGGAACACCUGGGGCACGCUGCAGCAAUACAUUGUUGCGGAUGCGGAUUUCUUGACGCAUAUUCCAGAGGGCCUGAAGAGCGAGAUUGCUGCGCCCCUGCUAUGUGCAGGAUUGAGUCUUACGGGCGCAGUGUCCAAGUUGGAACCCGAUUUGCAAAAGGGCGACUCUGUGGUUAUCGUUGGUGCGGGAGGCGGCCUGGGCCAUAUCGGAGUCCAGAUUGCGAGCAUCAAGGGAUACAACGUCAUUGCCGUUGACAGCGGUGCCGAGAAAGAGAAGCUGUCAAAGGAGAUGGGAGCCACGACGUUCAUUGACUACGCCAAGCAAGAUGUUGUCAAGGCUGUCAAGGACCUUACCGACGGUGAAGGCGCACACGGUGUCAUCUGUGUAUCGGGAAGCGAACAAGCGUAUACUCAAGCACCCAGUCUAUGCAGAACUAGCGGCGUGUUUGUCUGCGUUGGCCUGCCACGGGACACUUUCAUGUUCCCCAUGAGUCCCAUUCACAUCAGUAACAAAAAAGGCCUAACCAUCCGCGGUUCGUCGACUGGUAGCGCCAAGCAAAUGGAAGAGCUGCUCCAGAUGGCUGUCGAGGGCAAGAUAACACCCAAGGUGGAGGUGUACGAUUUCGCUGACUCGCCCAAAAUUCUCCAAGAACUGAAGCGGAAUGAGGUCACGGGAAGAAAGGUGGUACGGGCGCCUUAA